AAAGCGGCUCCUGAGUCACAAAGUUGCAGGCGGAUGGGCAUCCUUUCGACCAGGCUCCCAGGAAUCGGGCUGUACCACUUUCCCUGAUGUUCUGGGGAAGCAGCGACUUCUCCCAGACAGAGUUGGGGUCCACUCCAUGCCUGUCCUGUUCCCACCACAGCCCACUGUCCCCAGGGCUUGCUGGGAUGGAAAUAUAACUCCAGGCCCCCCUGGGAUUUAUCUGUGCGAAGGGCAGGGUGCACAGACUUUGAGACAGAAGUGAAUGGACAGGUGUGCUUCUUAGGGGAGCAGCAGAGAGGUGGGGAGAAGCUGACAGCAGCCACCAGGAGGGCCCUGGAACCAUGGACAAUGAUGAGCCUCUUGAGCCUGAGACACAAGAUGAACCCGAAACAGACCCAGCGCCACAGAACAGCGAUGAAACCCUUUACUGUGAGGCCGAAGCGUCCGUGGGUGUGGAUAAAGACAAGGCUGCCCGGGAGAGCUCAGAAACAGACCUGGAGAUCGAAGAUACGGAGAAAUUUUUCACCACUGGACAAAGGGAGCUCUACCUGGAGGCCUGCAAACUGAUGGGCGUAGUGCCUGUCUCCUACUUUCUCCGGAACAUGGAGGAGUCCUACAUGAACCUCAACCACCAUGGGCUGGGCCCCAACGGUACCAAGGCUAUUGCUAUAGCCUUGGUGUCCAACACGAGUGUGAUCACCCUGGAGCUGGCAGACAACUGUCUCCUGGAGGAGGGCCUCCUGAGCCUGGUGGAGAUGCUGCAAGAGAAUUACUACCUGCAGGAGAUGAAUGUUUCCGACAAUGAUCUUGGCUUGAAGGGGGCCAGAAUCAUCUCAGAAUUCCUUCAGAGAAAUAUCUCUUCACUCUGGAACCUCCAGCUUUCAGGAAAUAACUUCAGGGACAAAUCCGCAGAACUGUUGUGCCAAGCCUUGUCGGCCAAUUACCAAAUCAAGACGCUGGAUCUCAGCCACAACCAGUUCUCUGAUAAGGGAGGAGAGUACGUGGGCCAGAUGCUGGCCCUCAAUAUAGGGCUCCAGUCACUGGAUCUGAGCUGGAAUCACUUCCACGUGCGGGGAGCUGUGGCCUUGUGCAAUGGUCUCCGGGUUAAUACGACCCUGCAGAAACUGGAUCUCUCUAUGAACGGCUUUGGGAACGAGGGGGCUACGGCCCUGGGGGAGGUCCUCAGACUCAACAACUCCCUGGUCUACCUAGACAUCAGCUGCAAUGACAUCACUAAUGAUGGAGUCUCCAAAAUCAGCAAAGGGCUGGAGGUCAAUGAGAGCCUCAAAGUUCUGAAGCUUUUCCUGAACCCUCUGAGUAUGGAUGGGGCUGUUUCACUCAUCCUGUCCAUCAAGAGGAGCCCCAAAUCCAAGAUGGAAGAGAUCGACAUUUCUAACGUGCUGGUGUCUGAGCAGUUCCUAAAAAUAUUGGACGGGGUGUGUGCCAUCCACCCCCAGCUGGAUGUGAUGUACAAGUCCGUGCAAGGCUUCUCUGCCAAGAAAGCGCUCCUCCAGUGGACGAACCCCAUGAAACUGAUCCAGAGCUAUGCCGACCAGCACAAUAUCACAGUCCUAGACUUCUUCAAGAGCUUGAACCCUAAAGGAAUGAUGACGAUGCCUGUGGGGGACUUCCGGAAGGCCAUGAUACAGCAGGACAAGGUCCCCGUAAACCUGCACCAAGUCAGGGAGCUGAUAAAGAAGCUGGGUGACAAGACAGGCAUGGUGAACUUCAGGAGGGGUGGGCGGACAAAUGGUCUCUCGUGGAUCGGAGUCUGCCUAGACAUUCCCACCAGCCUGCCACGAGCCUCCACUGACACUGUGUAUCCCCUCACCUUUCAAACCAGUCUCCUGAACACAGUGAAGCCAUAGCAACAAGUCUGGUCUGGAAAGAAGUCCUGGCGACCCAGAAGUCCUGGCAAGGCACACGGUGGCAGGGAGGAGGCGGAGAUCUGUCUGAAACCCCAGUAGACACACAUCAAGGCCAGGCGGUGAGCGAGCCAAUAAAGUCUGCCUGGGUCUCCGCGUCUCUGGGCUGCUGGUGUUGUGACCUUCCCCCCCGGGGGCAGCACCGCCUCGUCUGAGUGACCAGCAGGGGGCGCAUCCUCAGCAGCCUUGGUGGGAGCUGUGAAAACAAAUUGGGAAUGCGAUGGGGUUAUUGCUAGGCAGUGAGAGAAAA